AUGCCUAGUACUAUUUCGAAAUCUAACCACUUUCGAUCAAUUAGUUUACCAGGAAGAUCACAUUCUAACCAUGUUCGAUCAAUCAGUAGUAUCACUGGAUGUUCACAUCAAACCACAGAAAAACUUAAAGAAGCUAUCAAUAAUCUCAAAGCAUUAGAAGUAUCAAACACAUCAUCAGCAGAAGUUAUGUACAACGGUUUACUUGGUCUAGAGGAGUUAUACAAAUGUGUAAAUGUUUUACUCAACUUACCUCAAACUCUUCAAGCAUUUUCCCAAUAUCGUCUUGGGAAAAUGGUUGAAGAUUUAUUGGAUAAAUCAGUAAGGCUGCUUGAUCUUUGUGGCACUACUAGGGAACUUGUUUUGCAUUAUAAAGAAAAUGUUCGCGAUCUUCAAUCCUCUCUUAAGAGGAGGAAAAAAGAUUCAACAACGGAAUCCAGCAUGACUAAAUUCAAUUCGUGUAGCAAGAAAGUAAAGAAGGAGGCUAAACGAUUAGUCGUGGUGUUAAAGCAAAUGGAUCAAGAUACAGAACGCGCAUUGGUACCCAAAGAUGCUGAUCAUGACACAGUAGAUAUGAUUAAAACACUUAAGGAAGCUAACGCGAUGCGUAUUUCCAUGUUUCAAAUGUUCUUGUCAUUCUUAUCUGUUCCACUUUUGAAACCAAAGGUGUCUAAAUGGUCAUUGGUUUCGCGGUUAUUGAUAAACAAGGGAUCAUGUGAAGGUCAAGAAGGAAAGAUUGAUUUGGAAACCAGACUCGAACCAUUUGAGGCUCAUCUUGAUAAUUUUGAAAAUGGUUUAGAAGGAAUAUAUAGAUGCAUGAGUAGAUCAAGAAGCUCUUUAUUGAAUAUUUUGAAGGAACUUGGAUUUAGUACACCAAUGUGGUUCAACCUCGAAUUAUCUAAAGAGAAAAAAGAAACAACGGUUGAAAAACUCUUUGGUGAGUACAUGUGUCUCUUUAGAAAAAGUCCUAAUAUUAGAACUUCUCCUUAUAAAAGUGUACGUUCUUUUUAG